AUGGAGAACUCACACGUUGAUGCAGAAAUGCUCAAAGAGAUUCUCAACCUCGAGAUACCUCUCGAGCCCCAGCUGUCACCAGACUGCAAGUCAGUUGUCUAUACCACACGACUGAAGUGGCACCACAAAAUUAAGGAGCAUGUCAGCGAGCCGCUCCACAUCGUCGACGACGUAUCGUGCCCCAAAUCGUCACGGAAACUAACGGAUGGGCUCUUCUACGACCGCAUGCCGCGAUGGUCGCCUCAACCACACAAGCGCUCAAUCGCCUUCCUGUCAGAUCGCGGGGGCCAAAGAGGGAAAUCUGUAGCGCUGCAUCUGCUUGACCUGGACACUGCCGAGUCUAAGCCUAGGCCCAUCACGGCGGUAGAAAGCGAGCGAACCAUCUCCAAGUUCUGCUUCAGUCCUGACGGAAGGUUCAUUGCCUACAUCAGCACGGCGGAAAAGUCGGCAGAGGCCAAGGCCAAGUAUGAUGCCAAAGACGACGCGUUCAUCUGGGGCCAGUGGCAGGACUGGGACCACACCCAUCUAUAUCUCGUCGACCUAGAAACGGCAGCGAUCGAACUGGCCUUUGACAAGAACUGCUCAGUGGUAGAUUUCGCGUGGAGUGAGGGUUCAGACAGAAUCGCCGUGGUGACGCAUCGCACUCCGCACAUCGAAAGCCACUACUUACACGGUGCUACUCUUUUUAUCCUGGACCUUGCAUCACGAGAGACGAGGGAGGCGGCGCAUUUCUCUGGAAGCCUCUCGAGUAUAGUAUGGUCAGGCCAGUCGCUCUAUUUCGUCGCGUGCAGUGUUCCCCAUGAAGACACUUCUGGGUUCGUGGUCUAUAGUAUGCAAGUCCCAGACAGCCAUGGUAUCGAUGCAUCGAUAAGUGAUGCGACAGAUAUCAGGAAGGUAUAUAUGGGCAAUGGCAACAGCUGUGCAAUCAGUCUUCUACAGAUCAACGGCGACGUUAUAGUAAAGACGCAACGCGGUAUGAGCGACGAGUUGCUGCUUCUUGGCAACGACACGGUCCUCCUCCGGAGCCAGGGGAGCAGCAUCCGCCACUUUGACGCCAGGAGAAACUCUAACAACCGGAUAGUGCUGACCUAUACAGUUGGUGACGUGAAUAACCCUACCGAAGUCUUCUGCGAAUGUCUCUCAUUAGGUAAAAGAGACAUAAAGCAGCUUUCUGUCCAUGGUGCCGCCUUCCAAAGCAUGAUAUUCGGUCAUUGCAAAUUCAUCGAAUGUCCCUCUCUCGACGGCUGCGAGACAAUCGAAGGAAUAUAUCUGACACCAGCGCACUUGAGUACGAUCUCUGGAACAGGUAGUGUGAUGACACAGCUGCCUUUACCUACCUUGGUUGUCCUGCAUGGCGGCCCUUAUUCCCGGCACACCAACGACUUCGACAUCUGGCACCCCUUGACGUUCCUCGCUCCCCUUCUCCUGCUAGCCGGAUACGGCAUUCUAAUGCCCAACUACCGUGGCAGCAGCGGCCGCGGCCAAUGUUUUGCCAGCUAUUCGCGGGGCGGCAUGGGUCUGUACGACGAGCCUGACAUUGUGGCCAUGACCCAACACGCGAUAGAGUUGGGGUUGGCGAAUAAGCAAAGACUCGUCGUCGGCGGUUGGUCGCAAGGCGGAUACCUCUCAUACCUGUCCGCCGUCCGUAACGGCACCCACGGCCUGGGCUGGAGGUUCUCCGGUGCCAUAUGUGGUGCUGGGGUGACGGACUGGGACGCCAUGGCGAUGACUUCGGACAUUGGGUAUGAACAAGCCCAAUUCGCUGGCCAUGCGCCAUGGAGAGGUGAGAGCCGCCACGUCCAUGUGUCUGGAUCCGCCAUUCGCGAGUUCCCAGCGGCUGCUAGGGAGGGACGCAUCCCGCCCCUGCUGAUACUGCAUGGUGAGCAAGACGAACGGGUCCCCGUAAGCCAAGCCCACGGCUUCCGGCGAGCCUUGGAUGAGGCCGGGUUGAUGAGCCAGACGGAAUUCGUCACGUAA